ACAAGCUUCAAGUGGAUGGAAUUCACCCGUGCUUAUGGUUGGAUAUGAUCAGCUUCGCUGAAGACGUUCAGGCUGAGAACGUGCGACUAACUUUUUGUGAUGAAGAAGAACCUACGUCCUUAGUUCCACCAAUCAAGUUACUCACAAGCACUUCUCUCAUAGAUAAUUUUUCAAAUUGGAACCUAAGAAUGUUUCCGCCUUUUACUUCUCCGGAAAAUUUCGUAAAUAAUAAAAGACAAUUGCAGUUAGUCGUAAGCAAAGCCAUUCCAAGAGGUGGAAUCCCUCGUCUGUGGUUCUCGUCCGAAGUCGCUUCGCAGCUGGGCUUGCCGUUCCUCAAUUUUUCUCACGUUAGAGGAAAGGAAUACGUUUGUCCACAGUGUCAAAAAUUGUUUUCAGCUCCGAAUCCACUGAAGAUUCACAUCGCCUGUGCUUGUGAUUCGAUGCUCGGCAGCAGCCUCUGGAAUCAGACUUUCCAGGAGACCAGGGCAACAGCUACCAGUCCUUGGAGUAUCCCAUUCAUUUUUCCUGGAGCACAUACGAGCUCCGAAACACCGGCGCUCCCACUCUCCUCACACACUCCUGUUUACGCAGCAGCGCUGAAGAAUAUUGAAAAAAGCGAGUUCUCAGCACAGACACACCAAAAUAUCGUUGGCGCAUCUUUCUCUUCAUCAAAUAAGAACGAUAGGAGACGGCAUGACCCACGGGGUGAAAGACCUCACAGGUCAGCAUUUCGACGCGUUGCAGCUAAAGCUACAGCUUCCAUACCAGGUACAUCAGCUUCGAAACAUAUGCAUGCUGGUCGGAUCUCCUCAUUUAGUCAUACAUUUGAAAUUUCUAACGAACGGCCGAUGCCACAUAUGCAUAGACUUAUUGACGAUAGGAAUCUCCGAGUCGAAAACUCGAGAGAACCUGAGAACUAUAACCGUGGCACUCAAGACCCUUGUGCUGAAAUGGAAGCUUUUGUGUCAAAUCUCGGCAGAGGCAACGGCGGUCAUAUGUGUUUGUACUGCGGUAAGAUGUACUCGCGGAAGUACGGUCUGAAGAUCCACAUUCGUACUCAUACAGGCUACAAGCCUCUAUCUUGUCGAGUCUGUCACCGAGCAUUUGGUGAUCCAAGUAAUUUGAACAAGCACGUUAGGCUUCACGCUCAAGGCUCUACGCCCUACAGAUGUCGUCACUGCGGUAAGGUGCUUGUGCGAAGACGGGACUUAGCGCGUCAUCUCACGUCUCGGCAUCCAGACAAACCUAAGCUUGACGAUGACCAACACUCGGAAGAUGGCACUACAUCUAGCGAAGAAGUCGAAGUAGAAAAAAAUUAAUCUUGAAUAUGAAAGUUGACGGCGUUCCAUUAUGGAUCUUACGAAUAUAUGGUUCUGAAUAAAUAAUAAGAGUUUGAAAAUUUCGAAUACACGAGAUGUGUAGCUCGCAAAAAUAACAGCCCUAAUAAAAAGCUUCAAAUCUAUUUUGUAAUGUCAAUGAGAUUGUUCGUUUUAAAAAUAUACUGUCAAUGGUUACUGACAACACUCCUCUUGGUUUUAUAAACAAACUUAUUGCAAAAGCAUGGGUAAAUGUUUGUUCAUUCUCGAUGCAUCAAGAGGAUACGAAAAUUUAUGGCUCUCGUUGGUUGUGUAACGUAAUCACAAACAGCCUGCCGUUUCCCUAAGACGAUCGACUUUAUUACUCCUUCCGCUGUGAGACAACUUGCUGACUAAUAAUAUGGUCCAAUACAACCUCCAUUAGUUCAAUCAUAAAGUAAAAAUAAUAAUCAACGCUUACUUUUUGGGGUGAAUGCACAGAAAAAGCGAAGUGGAGCUUCUUUUACUCAAGUCAUCGAUGGCUGAAAUAUUGCUCCAAUUAGGAUAUUUAUGAAUAAUUCAACAAAAUCACGAGUACAAGCAGGUUUGAAGGAAAAAGA